AUGAAUGGUUAUAGAGAAAAUAAACCAAUCAAUCAAAAACAUAAACACGGUUACGAACACAACAACAAGAAUCUAAAGUCAGAUCAAAAAUUUACAAUAUAUGAGAAGAGAAUUAAUACAAUGAAGCAAUCUUCAUUGUUUGUUUUCCUUCUCUUAUGGACAUCAUCUUACUCAGCUGCAGUUGAUAAUUCCACUUUAUCAACAACAACUGCCAAACCCAAAAUCGACUAUGAAGCUAAAGCCUUAGAUUUGGUAGAAAAAGCCAAUCUUCACAUGAACGAUCAUUAUUUGAAACUUCGUGAUCUAUUUCUCAACUCGAAUCGAAAAUUUCAUCACUUGAGUGCUGGUGCACCUCAAAUUAAUGAAAUUCAAAAUAAUUAUCGAAUUUUUACCAACGAAUUGGCAUAUAAUUUAAGUAUAAUUCCAUUGGCUGAAAUUAAAAAUGAUAUCCUUCGAAGACAAGUUAAAAUUCUUGGCAAAUUACAAUUGAAUGGUCUUGAGCAUGAUGACUAUGAGAAAUCUAUGCAUCUUCUCAGGGCGAUGUUAGGAUUGGGAACAGCGAAGAAUGUUUGUCACUAUCGGACUGCUGCAAAUGUCUGCACUCGAAUUGCUUAUAUGCCACAAAUCCAUGAUAUUGUCUCGAAGACACGAAUUUUGGAUGAAUUGAAUUACUAUUGGACAAAUUGGAGGAAUGAAAUUGGUGUCGAAGCUAGGACAAGAUUUGUUGAAUUUGUUUAUUUCUUUCGAAAAGCUGCUGCUUAUAAUGGGCACGUUUCACCUUCAAAGACCUGGUACCUUUAUUAUGAAGAAGAUGAUUUGUUAAAAGAACUCGAAGGAGUAAUGUGGGACAUAAUGCCACUUUAUGAAGAAAUGCAUGCUUUUAUGAGGAAUGUCCUACGAAAGAAAUACGGUCAAACCAUUAUGUCUGAUGACAGUCCAAUUCCCCACAAUCUUAUGGAACAAGUUCUGCAGCAUGCUUGGAAGGCUAAGAGCAUUUUCAGUCCACCUUUCCCGGAGAAAAAACUCCCAGACAUAAAGUCCAAAAUGGACGAAGAAAUUUCUACCCCAAAGAAGAUCAAUGAAGUCGCAUCUGAUUUCUUCGAGUCUCUGGGACUGAAUCACUUUUCUUCACAUUUCUGGGAAAAAUAUGCCCGCAAAAUGUCUGACGAAGAAGCCGGAGAUGAUUGCAAAGCUGUUGUCUUUUAUUUCCCACCUGACGUAGGUCUUCGCUAUUGUCCACAAGUUGAUUUCAAAAAAUUACUUCAAAUGCACGGUCACAUGAGUGAGCUGCAAUAUAAUUUGUACAAAGCUCAUUUACCUGUAGGACUUGAUCGUGAAGCUUGUCCAGGUUUUGGAAGUGCUAUUGGAGAAUCUGCUAUUGUGGCAGCGGGAAGUCCAAGGCAUUUGGAGAGAUUGGGAUUGAUGGAGAAUUAUACUCUCGACAGUGAAUUAACUAUGAAUCGGUUAUUCCGAUUGGGUGUUCACACUUUGAUAUCAGUUCCAAUGUAUUUGGUGAAUGAAAAAUUCAUUGUAGACUCAAUUGAAGCUCGUAUUCCUCCGGAUGAAUUAAAUUGUGGUUAUUGGAAGAUAAGUGCUAAAUAUGCUGGGCUAGCUCCACCAGAAAAACGUUCGGAAGAUCAAUUUGAUCCGAGUUACACUUUUUACAAAGGCUUGGAUCCUAAAAGACCAAAUACUGUGUAA